UCCCUCCUCCCCCCGUAUUUCUCCCCUGCUUCCGCUCUCUCCUUCUCCUCACCUCGCCGCUCGCUGCUAAACCCCCCCAGCGCGAGCGAGCCAGCCAAGAAUUCCUCCUUCCGCGCGGACCGAUCCACCCAUCCAUCCAUCCAGUCUCUCCCCCAACAAACCCUAGUCCGACCAGGGGGGGCAGGAGAGCGCGGUGUGUGCUUGUGCGAACAUGGCGGUGGCGAAGUGGGAGCGCGCCAAGCGCGCGCUUGCCACCAGGCUCUGCGUCCGCGCGCCGAGGGUGCGGGCGGCGGCGGCGGAGGCGGAGGGGGAGGGGGAGGAGGGGGAAGGGAGGGGGAGGUCGGUGGCCGCCUCGCCGCCCGCGCAUGUGGCCUCCUCGCGGCGGCUGUCGAGGUGCGGGAGCAGGAGCUCCACGAAGAUAUGUGCCAUUUGCCUCGGAGGAAUGUGUUCAGGCAAUGGCCAAGCCUUGUUCACCGCGGAAUGCUCCCACAAGUUCCACUUCCACUGCAUCUCCUCCAGCGUUCGCCACGGCAACACCGUCUGCCCGAUUUGCCGCGCCGUGUGGAAGGAGCUGCCGUUCCAGGGCCCUCUCCCUGCAGCAGCAGCAGCAGAUGCUAGUCUUCUUGGAACAGCUCGAGUGAACCCUCACCCACUGGAUGACAGGCAUCAGCAUCAGCGAAUGGCCGUUGUCCGCAGGCUGUCUCGCGGAGACAGCGUGACCCGGCAAUGGCAGCUCCCGAUCUUUCGUACGCUGGAUGGCGGCAUUUUCGAUGACGAUGAACAGUUGGAUCUUCAUCCUGCUGAAGAUGUGGUUGGAACUCAGGAUGUUGAUUCGAUCGUCGCUGAUGAAAUGGCGCCUGCUUCUGUUGGGAUCACGACGUACGCUGCGUUCCCGGCGAUGGAGGAGUCUGUGAUGGUUGAGGAGUUUGCGGUGUUGAUCCACCUGAAGGCUCCGUCUUCUCCGGCGACGGUGACCUCCCGCGCGCCCAUCGACCUCGUCACCGUGCUCGACGUGAGCUGGAGCAUGGCCGGGACGAAGCUGGCGCUGCUGAAGCGCGCCAUGAGCUUCGUGAUCCAGGCGCUCGGCCCCGGCGACCGGCUGUCCGUCGUCACGUUCUCGUCGUCGGCGAGGAGGCUGUUCCCGCUGAGGAAGAUGACGGAGUCCGGGCGGCAGCGCGCGUUGCAGAGGGUGAGCUCGCUCGUCGCCGACGGCGGCACCAACAUCGCCGACGCGCUGAGGAAGGCGGCGAGGGUGAUGGAGGACAGGAGGGAGAGGAACCCCGUGUGCAGCAUCGUCCUCCUCUCCGACGGCCGGGACACCUACACCGUCCCGGUGCCGCGCGGCGGCGGCGGCGGCGGCGACCAGCCGGACUACGCCGUGCUCGUCCCGAGCUCGCUCCUUCCCGGUGGCGGGUCGGCGCGCCACGUGCAGGUCCACGCCUUCGGCUUCGGCGCCGACCACGACUCGCCGGCGAUGCACUCCAUCGCUGAGAUGUCCGGCGGCACGUUCUCGUUCAUCGACGCGGCGGGCUCGAUCCAGGACGCGUUCGCCCAGUGCAUCGGCGGCCUACUCAGCGUGGUGGCGCAGGAGCUGCGGCUGAGCGUCGAGUGCGGCGACGACGGCGUGCUGCUGACCUCCGUCAGGUCGGGCGGCUACGCGAGCCACGUGGACGGCGACGGCCGCGGCGGCUUCGUCGACGUCGGCGACCUCUACGCCGACGAGGAGAGGGACUUCCUCGUCACCGUGCGCGUCCCGGCGGCGCGCGGGGUGUCCGCCCUGAUCACGCCGAGCUGCACCUACCGGAGCACGGCCACCAUGGAGACCGUCCGCGUCGGGGGCGACACGGUGACCGUCCCUCGCACGGUGGACGCCCCCGUGGGCUACGACGGCAUGUCGCCGGAGGUCGAGCGGGAGCUGCAUCGCGUCCAGGCCACGGAGGACAUGGCCGCCGCGCGCGCCGCCGCGGAGCGGGGCGACUUCGAGCUGGCCGCCGCCAUCCUCGACGAGCGCCGCGGCGUGCUCGAGUCGCGGGCGGACGACGACCCGCAGUCCGUGGCGCUGGCGGCGGAGCUGAGGGAGAUGCAGGACAGGGUGGAGACGCGGCAGCGGUACGAGGAGUCCGGCCGCGCCUACAUGCUCGCCGGCCUGAGCUCCCACUCGUGGCAGCGCGCCACGGCGCGCGGCGACUCGACGGAGCUCACCAGCGUCAUCCAUACCUACCAGACGCCCUUCAUGGUCGACAUGCUGCAGCGCUCGCAGACGCUCCAGCCGGAGGUCGUCGUGGCGAUGAGCCGCUCGGCGCCGCUACCGGCGCCGUCCCUGUCGCUGUCGCCGCCGCCGCCGCCGUCGCAGCUGCGGCGCCGCUCGGUGAGGCCGGCCAUGUCGUUCCCCGGGCGGCGUUCGUGAUGUUCGCGCGCGCCAUGGCAACGCCGAAUGCAGUAGCUAAUAAUAACUUGUGAAGCAGAAGCUAGCUUAGCUAGUACUAGGUGGGAGAGAACCAUAUGGAAGCCAUUGUUUCGUUCGUUUCAUGUAUCUUUCUCGUUCGUUGCAGUGAGGUUUUUUUCAGUUUACCGACCGUUGGGUCAGUCUUAUACCGAGGGUCACAUGACAUCAGGACAUGGUUUGGUUGGUGCAGAGGAUGGUUGUCAAAUGGUGAUCAAACUUUUGUUAGGAAGUU